AUGCUGUGGAACUGUCGAAGUGAUGUGUUACUUGAGAUAUUCAUGCACAAGAACGCCAUGCAGAUGCACGCUCGAGAACUCCAACGAGGUCUCGGGGGGGAGGUAAAACCACACCAGUGCCAGCAGUGCCUGAAGUCCUUCAGCUCCAACCAUCAGCUCGUCCAGCACAUCAGAGUACACACUGGGGAGAAGCCCUACAAAUGCUCGUACUGUGAUCGGAGGUUUAAGCAAUUAAGCCAUGUGCAGCAGCAUACAAGGUUGCAUACAGGUGAACGUCCAUACAAGUGCCAUCUACCGGACUGUGGGAGAGCCUUCAUCCAGCUUUCCAACCUCCAACAACACCUCCGGAACCACGAUGCUCAAGUUGAGAGGGCUAAAAACAGACCAUUCCACUGUAAUAUAUGUGGGAAGGGCUUCGCAACUGAGAGCAGCCUUAGAACGCAUACAGCAAAGGAGCUUCAGCUGCACCUUGGUGUUUUGCAGCAACACGCGGCCCUAAUGAUAGGUGGCGCCACCGCCACCCCCUGCCCAAUAUGUCACAAAGUUGUGUUCGGUGGGGAAGCCCUUGUAGAACACAUGAAGAAUACUCAUAAGGAUCCAAACGCAUCUGGUGUUGCGAGCCCUCCGGCUACGUCACCGUACCCAGCGCAAGCUAAACCUGUUGAUCCUUAUAUAGCGAAGCGACGGACGGCGAACCAUCCCUGCCCGGUGUGCGGCAAGCACUACGUCAACGAGGGGUCCUUGAGGAAGCACCUUGCCUGCCACCCAGAGACUCAGCUCACCAGUGGACUCCGAAUGUGGCCGUGCUCUGUUUGUCAGGCUGUCUUCACGCACGAAAGUGGACUCCUCUCCCAUAUGGAACACAUGAGAAUGGAACCAAAACAUCAGUUUGCUGCCCAAUACGUACUAUCUAGAGCAGCAGCUGAAAGACGAGAGCGAGACAUCAUCGCCGCUGUCUCAGCCUCCGCUGGCGGUUCUGGUCUCCUUAACCUCGCACCUCCGUCACCAGCGCACUCGGAUUCCUCAUCUAACGGCCGUCUUUCGUCAUCCGCUGGCUCCGAAGCCGGUGCAGCGGUCAACAAACUGACAGAUUUACUGAGGUCAGCCAAUAAUGGACACCAGGCUUACGGAGAUGAGAGAGUCGCAGCGAUAGCGGCCGCUGCGGCGAACAUGAUGGCCCAACCUGGAGAAGGAGCUAAUGCUGUUCAAGUAGCCGCCGCAAAUCUAGUAUCAGCAAUGAGACAGCAACUAGCACGAGAGCCCCCUCCAGCACAGCCCCCAGCUGAAACUCCACCAGCGCCCUCCGAAGCUGCACUCCGAAUUCAACAGGCCGAAGCCUUACUUCGAAGUCAGGCGGAAGCUCUGCGAUUAGCUGUUUCUCAAGCUGCCGCAGCCCAUGGAAACGAGGCCCCUAGCCCUCUAAGACACAAUGGAGGUUUUCCACCGCAGCCACCGAACGAUGGUAGCGGACAGAUUUCACCAGAAUUGGUCGAAGCGUUCAGAAUCGCUCAAGAACAGAGGCUAGAACAGGCUUUGAGAUUGCACGACCCCAGGAUGCUUGGUUUUAAUCUAUCAUCACCAGUACAACAGGCAGCGCAGCAAGCGGCACAGCAGGCAGCACAGCAGGCCGUAGCGGCUCAACAGGCCGCCGCUCAGCAAGCGGCUCAACAAGCGGCACAGCAGGUCGCUCAGCAAGCAGCGCAAGCCGCUCAGCAUGCUGCACAGCAGGCCGCGCAACAGGCCGUCCAACAACAGCACAUGCAGCAGGCCGCACAGGCUGCUCAGGCUGCGCAGGCUGCUCAGCAAGCGGCUCAGCAAGCAGUCCAUCUUCAGCAGAACCCUCAGCCAUGA